AUGUCACGUUACACCUGGUGGUCUGUCAGUGGGCCCGUCUGCCUGCUGUCUGUCUUCUGAAAAUAAAAACAAAGAAUAAAAAGAAAAGCAAGAAAGAAAGAACAUCGAUGCUGAAUUUCCUGAAUGCUUUGCUUGAUUAGUUAAUUCGGGGCUCUUUAUGUCCUUAGAUCGCUUCGUUUACAUCAAAACCGUUUCGCAAUUAAACCAUGGCAGAAGGACCCGUCAGGGAUCCACUUGAGAUGCUGGAAGUGACACUGUCCACUACCGAUGCCCAUGACGUGAAAACUCUUUGCAAACAUCACAAUAAGAAGACUAAAACUGUCAAGCAGGAUGUUGAAGAAGGAAAAUCUAUCAACACUCGAGUAACACAUGAGAUACCAAUAGCCAAGGCUUUAAUAAAGAGAAAGAGAAAGGAAUAUUACUGUGCUGCUUGUAAUUUUAUGGCUAAAUCGAAGAAAAGCUACAACAGACACACACAGAGUCAGGGACACAGAAAUAAGUUAACGAAGGAAGAACAUAAACACAAAUGCAAUUUGUGCAAUGCCAAGGACAUGGACGGAUUCAAAAAGUGUCCCAUGUGCAACUAUGAGACAGAAAAUAUAAGGAGUUACAAGCUCCAUUUAAACAUACACAACAAAGGGUUGCCAUUUAAAUGUACGUCCUGUGAUUACGCAGGACAAAACAUAAAGGACCUCAUGGCCCAUCACAAAACCGUCACGAAGUACUGCACGAAGGGUCACUGCAAAUAUAGCACUCAUUUCCCUGAGGAGCUUAAGAUGCAUAAGAAACUUUGCACUUGGUGAACAUUUACGUAAACGUAACUUAAAAGUUAUAUAGGUACUUAGAUAGAAAAAGAUUUAAUGUGCAUUAGGUAAUUCCGACGGAAAUUUCUAAGAGAUCAUUAGAGGGCUAUUAUUCGGUUAAUUAUUCCAAGUUAUUUUAUAUUUACUGUCAUUAUCGUUUUUCCUCUGUGUACUCAAUAAAAAUGAUGUGCCUAUUAUACUAAUUGUAUUAGAAUCUUGAACGUAUUAUUAGGUUCUUCAAAUAAAGCAUUUAAAAUGUAAUAUUUUUUCGUGUACCUAGAUGGGAAAUUACGAACUGUCAACUUGGGGAAAUUAUAAAAAUAAACAAAAAUGGCGCGAAAAACACUUGAAAACUUGAUGCUACCUACUGACAUUCUUGACAUUAAUGCCUCACGCCUCACGCCCAUAAUGCCACACAAGAUGGCGGCGGCUAGUAUAAUGUUGGCAACAAGGAAGUAUCGCUCGGAUUAGUAGAUUUUUUUUAAGUUUCGGAAUAUAUCCCAAUGCACUAUAUUUGCUGUUACACACUCCUUAACAAUGUAAUCCCAUCACAUCCAAUUAUCUUCCAUUCCAAAGUAGGAUUAUCAUCACAUAGUUACAGUUAAUAAAUAGUAUAAAACAUAGUCGCUUCCCGCUGUCUGUCCCUAUAUGUAUGCUUAGAUCUUUAAAAUUACGCAACGGAUUUUGAUGCGGUAUUUUUACGUAGAUAGUGUGAUUUCUGAUAAAGGCUUAGGUGUAUAAUUGAUUAUGAUUUUACAAGAGCGAAGCCGGGGCGAGCCGCUAGUAUACUCAUAAAAAUAUAGAAAUACUUAUUAUUUUUGCGACCUCGCAAAAGAAUUUAAAAAGGUUAUUUUUUGUUUUUUGUCUCAUUGUGAAUGGAAAAUUUCGCAAAUGUAAAUAUCCAGAUUAUAUUAUAAAAAUAUUUCUUGAACCCAGUCUAAAGCAGGGUCCACAGCGCGUGUUUUGUCCAACUCAAACAACAUAUCAACAUUCAAUAAAAUCGUCUACACAAAAAUAUUGUUGUGUUCACUACACAUUAUUGCAUACGUCAACAAUGUUUUUUGCUUUCUUUGCCACGCUCACAAAAUACAAACAUUCGCCAUUUUGUGUGCUAAAGAAACUAAGAUUUGUCCACAGCGCGUGGAACACGUUUCAGAAACAAUGUGUACGUGUUUUAGUUGAAUGUUUUGACAGAUAUUUCGCUUUACAUUUUGGCAAAAUCUGGUACUAUACCUACUAAUCAUCCGAAUUUGUAGGACUUAUUGUAAAUAUCACAUCGAAUUUAAUUAUUAUAUUUUUUUAAAAUUAAGGAAAUAAAUGUUAAAAAUUA